AUGCGAGUCGGGUACAAGGGCAGGCGCCGCCGUGGCGCUGGCACGCAGGUAGAGCCCGCCGCGCCCGAACUCGCUCGCGGCGGCGGCGGCACGGAGGGCGGCGGCGGCAGCGGCCUCGAGGACGGCGCCUGGGCGGACACGGGUCUGCGCCCUGCGCCCUCGGCCGCAGCGCUCGCCGCUUCGUCUGGUGCGGCGGCAGCGGUGCUGCCGGCGGCGGACGGGGCGCCCCCACUCGCGAGCCGCCUGGAGCAUCGCUCGGCGGCGAGGGACACCCUGGCGGCAGGAGGCCCCGAGCGCGAGAGCUACAGGAUGAAGAAGACACUUGUCGAUGUCACAUCCUGGGCUUGGAACAGCUACCAGGGAGGGCGUGCCGCUUGGAGAGCGGACGCGGCGGCGAUGCUGGCACCGAGGCCCUCGAAGAAGGAAUUGGAGGAAGAGAAAAAGCACACGAAGCUCCGCGGUAGACUGCACGAGUGCCUGCCUUCGAAUGCCAGCCCACCGCUGGAGCGCUGCAGGCAGUACGAGUAUAACUCCUACAAAUUAGGUCGGAGGCGCGGCGAGGGGGGCCGAUGCUCCAUCACCACAGCCGCAGGAGCGGCGCGUGCGGACCUGGACGUCCGCAGAGGGCGCGGGAAAGAGUGGCACGAGGUUGUGCUCGACUGGAAGAUGGGCGACGUGGUCGGCAGGUACACCCUGCGGCAGCCCAUGGACCAGAUAGCGUGUAACCCGCUCGACAGGUCGAAGUGCACCACGGCAGCCGCGAGGCAGCGACAGCGAGAGACCGUCAGGCCAUGGUGUCUCGGCCAUCUCAGCACCCCGGUCUGGGAGACGGCCCUCGAGGGCCCCACGGGCACAGCCCCGAAGUUGGCGUCCGGCCGGGCGGUGGGCCACGCUGCGGCGUGCGCGGGGCGGGGGGCCUCAGACCACGAGGCCUCUGCGCAGGCGCGCACCGCUGGGCCGCGGGCGAGGCUGCGCGCCACGAGCGUGGCAGACACGGACCUCGCGCCGUGGGAGAUAGAGGACGAGACCGAGGACGAGCGCCAGACGCGCUACGGCCGAGAGGCGCAGGAGAUGAAGCUGAAGUGGGACGCUCGACGGCUGGAGGAGACGCAGUCCGCGGAGAGGCGGCGCAUUUUCGUGGAGGUAGAGAAGGAGCGCGCCAUGUUCUACGGGCCUCGGGACCCCGUCAUGGCCGCGUACGAGGCCCGCGCGUACAAGGAGGCCCGCGUCAUCGAGGUGCGCAGGCGACAGCGGGAGGUCUACGAGCGCAUCAAGGCCGCGAAGGCGGGCAAGCCGCUGCCCCCAAAGGGCGCCCCGUACGUGCAGCUGCGGCCGCUCUCUCCGGAGCCGCCCCUGCCGGAGGACUUCGACGUCUCCGGCCGCUACCGCCCAGAGCCGGACCUGGAGAACCGCAAUUACAAGGCGCCGGAGGACUUCGUGUCCCCCGUCGGCGAGCGGCCGCCGCCCAGGCACCUGCGCGGCAGCCCCCUGGCGGCCUGGGAGGACAGGCACUACAUGCCGCCCCCGCGCAACCCCAGGGAGCCGCAGCAGUACCCGGAGCCCGGCGACCCGAUCCCUGGCGUCGAGUUCCCGCCGCCGCUGGAGUCGCCCGCGCCGAAACCGAAGCCGACGCCCGCCGCGGCGGCCAAGACGGAGCCGGCGCCGGAGGCGAAACCGAAGGCCAAGGCGAAGGCCAAGGCCAAGGCCAAGGCCAAGGCCACGGCGAAGAAGGCGAAGGCAGCGCCCGCCCCGAGCGCGAUCCCGCACACGGUCGCGGAGGCGAAGAAGAUGAAGGUGACGGAGCUUCGGGAGGCCCUGAGCGCGGCCGGCCUGUCCGACGCCGGCCUGAAGCCGGAGCUGACCGCCCGCCUGGUGGAGGCCAUCGAGGCGCAGUGA